ACUCACACAAACUCACUCACUCACUCACUCAGUCACUCACUCAGCAAAGCAGCACAAGGACUCACAUAAGGCAGCGCUGAGGCAUUGGGGCCACUCUGAGCAGUGAUUUACUCUUCAGAUAAUGCGGAAGGUGUACACUUCGCCUCUACUGUUACUCAUAGCUGCAGCCGGUUGCUGGACAGGUUAUGGUGCACGUAUGGGUGAGAGUGACAAUGGAUUGUUGGCGUCUUCUGGGGUUCCCACCUACAGUCCUGAACAGACCCCGCAGGUAACUGCGGUGCAAUUCAAUGGCAUCUAUGUGGACAGCGAUGAGGACUAUGCGGAUGAAUUUGAAGAUGAAGACUAUGAAGAUUACGAAGCAUUGGUAAUUGAAGAUCCAGUCUAUGGAACAUCAUUAGGGAAAGUCCAGCCAGUCAUUAAACCCAGGAGUAGAGGUGAAAAGAAAAUUGCUCAUCCAAAAAAAGCAAGAAGCAAAGGAAAGAAAAACAACAGGAGAAAAAGAGGAAAGCAAAAACUCAACGAUUUGUGUAAAACUGUGUACAAGAAUUAUUGCAUUCAUGGAAAAUGCAAAUUCUUGAAGGAACUCAAUAAAACAUCAUGCAUAUGCCUUCCUGGGUACCAGAAUGAACGCUGUGGCAUUCAGGUACUGAGCGUAGGAACCAGUAAGGAGAGAAUUGAUGGCCUCACAAUCGCAUUACUGCUCGUGGGAGCAAUGCUCACCCUUGCUGCAAUUAUUGUGGCUGUCACUGUGAUAUUCCAGUGUAAGAAAAAGUUGAGAGAUGCACGUGAGGUUGAAAGUGAAGAAAAGCAGAAGCUCGGAGAAAUUAAUCGUAUGGUUUGAAAAAAGGAUGUCCUGGAUUUGACACUUGAGAAAUUGGAGAAUCUGAAAACUAGUACCUGUAGCUACUAACGUGCAUGAAGGGAAGAAAAAAAUCCUGACUUUCAUUUGCAUCUGUUGUAGGAUGCCUGUGUUUUUAUAAUGGGUCGCUUAAAGAAUAUACUAGUUUCAGUAGAAAUAAAACUACUUGGCUGAUUUGUUUAUAUUUAUUUGAUAUUUAAUGUUAUUUAAUGUUUAUAUAAAUUUGUUACACUUGAAUUAAAAAUGUAAAUAUAGUAUCAAAAGU